UUUUUUUUUUUCCACUUUCCAUUUUCCACUUUCCACUUUCCACCUUCCACUCUCUCUCUCGCUCUCUUCCAGUCCACAGUCCCACAGUUCUAUUUCCACACUCGACACCCAUCCACUUUCUCUCUCUCUUCCAGCCCUCCUGUUCGACGACCGAAUAACGUCCAACCUUCUUGUCAGACCAGACUAGUGCUGCUGUACUCCGUUCUGGCAUCAUUCCACGCCUGCAACUCUAUUUCUCGUUUAGACCCUGAUCAGCCGGACUUCUUCCCAGGGUUCAUUUCCAUCCGCCGCCUCUUACCCUGCCUGUCUUCUUCUCCACGCACGCCCUUCUUCCUCUCCCCACCACACACCCCGCCCUCCGCCCUCUCCUGUUCUUUUUCUUUUUCUUUUUCUUUUUCUUUUUAAUCCUUAGCCUCUUCCUUCCUUCCUUCCUUCCUUUCCUUCUUUCCUUCAUCCCCCUCUCAUCAUGACCGACUUUGCUCAAGAUCAUUCAGCACUGCGCUCCCGCGGCCCUUCCCUGCCGAAACUCAACCUUCUGCCUGCUUCUCAUUUCCUGCAGUCGCAACAUCCCUUCGACACAAGCAAGAACACCGCCGAUGGCGACUUUGAAAUGGACAUGGGCCUGGACUUUGGCACCUCCCCAACCAACUCCAUGAACGAGGUCUCCGCCGCCCCUCGGCCCUUCGUCAGUGCCCAUCCUUCGCCAGACCUGAGCGAUGAAAGUGACUGUGAGCCUGGCCUUGGGCUGGGUGCGGUCCAUUCCCCAGUCGAGCAGCAGUCCAUGGUCGCAUCCUCCGCACCUGUCGCUGUCCCACCUUCGGCGAAGCAGUUGGAACGCGACCAAGACAGACGACGCCGCUCCCAGAUGCAAAGCGAAUCUCCGCUGUCGCACCAUCUGUUCCUGGCACCUGUCCCUAUUCCCUCGUCGCGUACGCCUCCCAAUGGCUCCUUUCAUUACGGAAAGCGAUUAUCCGUCUCCAUGAACACCCCGCCCGGCUCAGCAACUGCUGUUCCAGCAGCGCCUUGCUCGGACUCGGCAGCCGUGGAUGCUCUCAUCCGUGAGCAUGUCCACGCAAACAUGAUCACCCACUCCACAGACAAGUCCUUUUUCUGGCAUCUUGGCAACCUAAGCGAGUUCUCCUUCUCUGACCGUUUCGUCCGCUCAAGAGUUUUUGAAAUCAAGGAUAACGCCGUCGCUGCAGACCCAAAUGCCGCAUCAGAAAUGCAGCCUGUACCCUCCGAUACAACGGGAACACCCACCUCCAAAAACCAGCAAAAUGCAACCAGCAGCUGGCGUCUUCGCCUUUAUCCGCAUGGUCGAGGCGAUCGUCAUCGCGACAGCGAAUACGUUGGUCUGUACCUGCAACAGGACAUGGUCCGCGCAAUUGCAAACCGACGUAGUUCAGUAGUUCCACCACUCGCUGCCGAUUCAAUGGCGUUCAGUACAUCAGCACCAGCACCAUUCUUUGCUCGCGGGUCAUUCUCGUCAUCUCCGCGCAGAUCAAUCUCUGGCGCGUCUUCCUUGCCUGUGAUCCGCCGGCAUGUCACCCUAUUCAUUGCCACUGAAAACGGAGAUUGCUUGGCAAAGCAAGAUCUUGUCGAGUGGUUCUCUGGUAGUGAAGGUGGUCUUGGAUUCCCGAGGAUAGUCUCUAGAAAGGCUGUGCAGGAUGCUGUCAAAGGCUCCUCUGUGAUUGAUGACGACGAGGAAGACAGUGAGCUGGGUAUCGUUGCCGGCGUUAUCUUCCACGACCUUUGAAGACCACCGUUGCCGGACAGAUUAUGUUUGUUAGUUUGCCAUAGCAACCUUGUACCAUAGUUUUUUGAUUUUUUUUUUUCUUAGCCAAUCUGUAUCAAAUAAACCACUGUUGAAAUAAAACACGAGGCACUCUAUCCCCUCA